GUGUCUACAAAUUCUCUCCAAUUACAGUCUCCUUUUCUAUUUAAAAUUUCUUCAAAAUAUUAAAAAUUCCCAAAUUAUAAGCAUUCUAAAAAAUCAGUUAAACCAAAAAAAUAUUUUUUUAUUCAAUUUUAGGCCGUACUUUAAUGGCUGUUAGAAAUCAAUUACUUUCUCCAAACGAAGAAACCUCUGAAGCUCCACCAGUCACUUCAUUAAGUUCCUCUCCAAUUACUGAAUUUGCUACAAAUAAAGAGCUUUGUUUGGCUACUUCUCUUAUUAAUGAUUUUGGAAUUGUUUUGAAAUAAA